GUUCUUGAGUUUUAUAACAUCAAAAAAUGACUUUGGGUUAACUUUCUCCGUUUAUUACAGUUAUAAAUAACAAAUACUGAGAUGAGUGGAGCAGCUAAGAAAGGUCCCGGUAAUUUGAAAUUGCUGAAAGAUGCCUUUAUUAUUACAACUGGCGGUACUGUUAUGUUUGCUGGACAUCAGAUAUAUAAAGGAAAUGAGAAGUUUUAUAAAGAGUAUGUAAUGCCGUUUUUUCAAUUGUUUGAUGCUGAAACAUCUCACAAGAUGGCAGUGAAGGCAGCAAAGUAUAAACUGGUACCCAAAUCAAAGAUUCCACCACAUCCUGUACUGGCAUCGAGAGUAUUUGACAGAGAUUUCCCUAGUCCAGUAGGGUUAGCUGCAGGUUUUGACAAAGAUGGUGAAGCUGUAGAUGGCAUGUUAAAAAUGGGAUUUAGUUUUGUAGAAGUUGGCAGUGUCACACCUUACCCACAACCUGGUAAUGAGAAACCUAGAGUGUUCAGGCUGAAAGAGGAUAAGGCAGUUAUAAAUAGAUAUGGUUUUAAUAGUGAAGGUCAUGAUAAAGUUUAUAACAGACUCAAAGUUCGAGAAGUAGAGCCUCCUGUCGUCGAGUUAUUACCACACUUUCCACAAAUGAGUGAAGAGAGAAAUAUGUUAAAUAUAAACCUAUGGACAGACACUACUGUCCCAGAUAAUACCAGAGUCCUCAAAGUUCCAGGCAUCAUGGGAGUAAACCUUGGUAAAAACAAAACCUCAUCUUAUCCUGUGGAGGAUUAUGUACAAGGUGUUAAAAAGUUUGGUAAAGUUGCUGAUUACCUCGUCAUAAACAUAUCUAGUCCUAAUACUCCAGGGUUACGAGCUAUGCAAGGGAAAGAUAUGCUGGAUACACUGUUAGAAAAAGUAUUAUCAGAGAGAGAUCAUAUACGAGGUAGAAAGCCACCAUUGUUAGUAAAAAUAGCUCCAGAUUUAACAGAUCAAGAUAAAAUAGAUAUUGCUGAAGUUAUUUUAAAUAGAAAGGAAUCUCUUGGUGGACUAAUUAUUAGUAACACUACAGUGAGUAGACCAGACUCAUUAAAAAGUCCUCAUAAAGAUGAAGUUGGAGGCCUUAGUGGAGGACCAUUAAAAGAUCUUUCUACUAAAACCAUAUCUGAUAUGUACAAGUUAACUGAAGGAAAAGUACCCAUUAUAGGAGUAGGUGGGAUUAGUUCAGGUGAAGAUGCUUAUGAUAAAAUCAAAGAAGGUGCUUCAUUAGUUCAAUUAUAUACAGCUUUAAUUUACCAGGGUCCACCUGUUAUAGGGAAAAUUAAUAGGGAAUUAUCAGAAUUAUUAAUAAAGGACGGUUAUAGAAGCAUUACAGAGGCAGUUGGAGCCAAUCAUAAAACAAAAUCAUGACAAAGAAAAGACUUAGGUGCAGUUUAUAGAAUUAAGAUUAAUAUAUGCUGGACAAUAAUGACAACAUAAAGGUCAACUCCAUGGUCAGUCUCUCUUUAUUAUGACUUAUGUCUGAUAUAACUUUGCUGCUUGAUUGUAACAAGAAAUGAAGUUUAUAAGAUUGUUUCUAUGCUAAGUGUGUCAUGAUUAACAUAUUAGAUGGUUUUGAAAGAAGAUCCCCAAAUAAGCUUGUAAUUUGGAAUUCAAUAAUUCAUUAGCUUUAAUGAGAUUUUUAAGGAUUUGGAAUUCUUAUUUUUUAUUCCUUGAAUUACUAUUUAAAACUAUAUAUUAAGCAGGUAUAAAAAUAAUUCAACAUGCUUUCUAUAAAGCAUCUGUAUAAUCUGUGGGAUAACUCCUUCUUUCAAUGUCUUAUAAAUCUCGAGUAUUUGGUUGAAAUAAUGAUAUAGUUAAAUGCAUGUCAGAGUAUAAUUUGGUCAUUAUAGAAUGAGGAAACAUUAUUUUGUCUUCUUCAAAAAUUCUUUUGACAGCCAAGAAAAAAAUGUUUUUGAACAUUUUAUGACAAACCAAUAGACACCUGGGGAUUAUUUUCACAAUUCUAUUUUUUGAUUUUAAUUUUGAAUUGGAAUUUGACCCGAGAAUAUAGUAUCUUUUAGUUUUGUCACCAGCUUUUUUAAAAGAUUUGGAUAUAAAAGGGGAGGGGGUAAAAAUAACAGAUAAAAUAUUGCCAUCCCUGUUUCUACGAACUUUGGUUUUAGGCUUUUUCAGUAGGGAAAUAAUUUGUCUUGCCAGUAUUUGUGACUAUCAUUGUAUGCAAUGAAGCUUCAUUUGUUUACAAAUGUUAUUAUUUGAGCUUAAGACUAGUCUUGUGUAAAAAGGUUUUUCAGUGCAGCGGUUUAUUAUGAUUCAUUCUGUGAAUGAAAAAUAAUAUACAAAUAAAUAAACAUAUGUUACCAUGUGUAUACAUAUUUAUAUUGAUCAAUAACCAUGUACUGUUACAAUAUCAAAAUCAAAUAUACUUAUCAAUAAAUAAAUUACUGAUAAUUUUG